UGUCACUUCAAAGUGCUKUUUCAUUUUAGCUGUCUAUACAUAUCAUUAAGAACCGUCUUCAAGUUAGCCAAAAUUACCAAGCCUCUCUGAAUACAAUUAUAAGUUGUUAUUAGUGUGGGUAGGUAAGUCGGGAGGUUUCGGUCUGUUAAACGCGGCUUCGCAAGAGUAAUAUUACCACCUACUGAUGCGUUUAAUCCAGUAAACUUCAACUUCUAAUAUGCUCUUAGUUUGUGCACCGGUAAAAUAAAGAAAAUAUGAGCUUCCUCUAUGUACUGUUGGUGAUGCUAGCAAUCAAGGUUGGAUCAGAGCAGAUUCACGAAGAUUUACAAUCAGUUGUCGCCACCAACCGAGAAGAACUCGUACAAUAUUUUGAUGUAGAUUCUAUCAAAUCAGUACCAGAAUACGACAUAACGUUUAUUCAACCGCAACGAGAACGAAGAAGUAUCGACCAAAACCGAAAGCAUUACAAAUUAAAAGCGUUUAAUAAGACCUUUCAGUUGGAAUUAGAGCCUAAUGAUGAGGUGGUCUCGCCGACUCUGGUUGUGAUGAAGAAAAGGUCUGGUAACAAAUGGACCAAAAAUCUAUAUAAACCGAAUGGAAGAUUUCUUCAAGGUCACGUCGUUUCUGACCCGAACUCGCACGUUGCUGUUCGCGAGUUGCAAGACGCGGAAAUGACUGGCACUUUUGUCAUCGAAGAUCAUUUGUACAAAAUCCAUCCAAUCAACGAACGCUUAAAAGGCAUGUUAUCCUUAAAAGGGCAUGGUCAUCACGUGAUAACGAGACGGAGCAUCAAGGAUCCGAAGUCCGAGAUCUUUCAUCGGGCAAAGUAUCCCGAACCUAUUCGAGAUAAAGAAAAUGAAAGACAUGAGAAAGAACCACAAGUCAAGCAAAGAGUACGCAGAGAUGRUGCUGAUCCAAAGUAUUACAUUGAAGUCAUGAUGACAAUGGAUAAAGUGUCUUGUGACUACUAUGGGAAUGUGACUAUAGACUUUAUCCUUGCCGUGGCUAACAUGGUGAAUCGGUUAUAUCAAGAUAAGUCUAUCGGGAUUAACGUGGCGUGGACGCUUACUAAAAUAAUAUUGAUACAAGCAUAUGAGGUGUCGCAUAUUCAGGGUAUCCAUGUAGUCUUAGCAGGGGUGUUGCGGUAAACAAUGCCAUUGGACUUGAUGCUGCCUUCUACGUGGCGCAUGAAAUGGCUCACAAUUUUGGCCUCCCCCAUGAUAGUGGCAAGUGUGCCAAAGGAUACAUCAUGAGCGCAGGUCAAGCGUACGGGCCAAGUGCUUUUCAAUGGUCAACAUGUAGUGCCAACACGUUCAAAACUAUUUUCAGACGAGCUUCUUGUUAUAACAAUAUCCCACCAGCCAAUAUCACUCUACCGAGACUACCUCCAGGCCAUACGUUUGACGCAGAUCAACAAUGUAAAUUUCUAUACGGUCCUGAAUACAGACAAUGCCCUGUCACAACGAGUAACUGUGCUAUAUUGUAUUGUUCUGGAAGAGGAGGGUGCUUCAGUAACAUCGGUACUCCUCCAGUCGAUGGAACACCAUGUGGAAAUCGAAAGUGGUGCGUUGGUGGCUAUUGUGUCGAAGUUGGUUCCAGUCUUCCUCCUGCUGUCGACGGUGGAUGGGGUGAGUGGGGUCCGUACGGCGCAUGCUCGCGAACUUGUGGAGGAGGAUUACGUCAUCGAACUCGUGUAUGUGACAGUCCAAGACCAAUGCAUGACGGGAAGCCUUGUCAAGGAUCUGCCAUUGGUGAAUGGGAAAUCUGUAACACACAAGGUUGUCCAAGUAAUGCAAUGCACUAUCGUAAAUACCAGUGUUUUAUGAAAAACCCUGCUUACGACGGCUAUUACCUAAACCCAAAGUCUCCCUGUUACUUAUGGUGUAGGAGGGGAGCAUCAGCGACAGGAGAAGGGAACGUUGCCGAUGGCACCAAAUACUCUGAGGACUUACAUGUGCUUGAUAUUUGCAUCUCGGGAAAACGAGUGCCUGUGGGAUGUGAUAACAUGAUUCGCUCGGGGAAAAUUAAAGACAGAUGCAUGAAAUGCAAAGGCAAUGGUAGCACAUGUGUUCGUAUGGUGGGGAACUACACAAAACAGUGGAACAAAUAUGGUGCUGCCAAUGCUGAUCCCAUGUUCGUAAUACCAGCAAACUCAACGAACUUUCUUAUUAAAGAAAAAUCAAAGACUUGGAAUGUACUGAAUCUCAAGGUAUAUCCACCGGAAAAAAAUAACCUGAUAUUUUAUCAACGCCCUACCAACUCAUCCAGAUCAGUAGCUGGUACAACUGUGUUUUAUGAYAUCUCGAACAGCGAUCUGAAUCAUGCCGAGUCGAUGUUCUUCAAGGGACCGAACACGGUUCCUUUAGUUCCCAUGUUCGUUUUUGUUGGUUCCGCCAAUGUAGGCUAUACUUAUUCAUUUUACGAGCCAGGACAAGCCCCUGAUACGGCAUUUAUCUGGAAGACAGUGUUGAGUGGUGACUGCAGUACUACAUGUGCUGGAGGUAAGACAGUCAGAGAAUCGACAUUAGAAAAURCUCGCUGUAUAUCUUAUAGAUUUUAAGGAAAAUGGAAAGUAUUAUUUGAAGGUUGGCAAUUGUGGGUAUAUGUUGAUGUUACUCACGAUUUUAAGAAUGAUGAUAGCGAAGAUGUUGAAGUAGAUAGUGAUAAUGUUGGUGAUAAUGAUGAUGAUG